AAAAAAAAACUUAUUACCAACAAAUACCACCAACCAAACCCUAGUAAUACACACACCUUUCUUUUUUUCCUUCUCUACAAAGUACAAACCCCUUCAAAUUAUGUUCCAAAAUAGGUGAAUUAUCCAAGAAAAUGACUUCAAAUCCUAGUAGUAGCACCGGUGGUGUCAUCGCCACGGGUGGAGGAGUAUGUGGUGGGACUAGUGGAAGUACUAGCACCGGAGGCGGCGGCGUAGGAGGUGGUGGUGGUGGUGGUGGUGGUGGAGGUGGAGGAGGGCCAUGUGGUGCUUGUAAAUUCUUGAGAAGGAAGUGUGUUGCCGGUUGCAUUUUUGCACCUUAUUUUGAUUCGGAACAAGGUGCGGCACAUUUUGCAGCUGUACACAAAGUGUUUGGAGCUAGUAAUGUUUCUAAACUUCUCCUUCAUAUUCCUGUCCACAAGAGGCUUGAUGCUGUUGUCACCAUUUGUUAUGAAGCUCAAGCGAGACUCCGAGACCCCGUCUAUGGUUGCGUUGCUCAUAUCUUCGCUCUUCAGCAACAGGUAGUGAAUUUACAAGCAGAACUCUCAUACUUACAAGCCCACCUAGCAACCCUGGAGCUUCCAACACCGCCGCCUCUGCCGCCGCCUCCACAACAACCUCAAACAAUGCUCCAACAGCCAGCACUCUCCAUAGCAGACUUGCCAACAGCAGGACCAUCAUUGCCAGCUGCUUAUGAUUUAUCCUCACUUUUUGACCCCAUGGUUCAACCCUCAUGGGCAAUGCAACAGCCACGACCGCCGCCCCCAUUGCCUAUGGACCCACGCCACUUUGGUGGCACUAGAGCUCCGGUGGACAUGUCACAGUCCACCGGAGUCGGGGGCGGCGAUCUUCAUGAAUUGGCACGUGAACUUCUGCAUAGACAUGGAUCGCCAACAGUGCCAUGCACAGAAUCCUCAGCUUUGCCACCACAGACCAAGUGAGAGAGACACUUUAUUGAAAAGUACUGACUUAUAAUAUGUUAAAUAUUAGUGGUACUUAUGAGAUAUUGAAAAAAAAUUAAGAAAAAUGAGGGUUUCAAUUUUAAUUAAUCAAAAAAUACCUUAGGCAAAGUCAUGAAAAAAUCUUUAAUUUUACCCUAUUUGUAAUUUUCUUGAUC